AUGCCUCAAUCCCUGCUGCAAGAAGCCUCUUCCUUAGCAAGAUCACGAGGCGAUGAAGCGAUGUGCCACAAAGCUGCAAACAUCUGUGUUGGAUUGGUUAUCAGAGCAAACAAAAAGGGAUGUUAUCUUCUUGUUUGCGUUCCAUUCUCCAUCCCUCGCAGCGUUUCACCCUCCGGCGGAAUUCAAAUAGUCCAAUAUUGUCUCGAUGCGUGUGCAAAUACACCAACGCCUGACCACCAGCGGGGAUCUCCAGUCGUGUUCUAUCAGCCUCAUGCUUCAGGUGAUGCAUAUCGACGAAGGAAGCGCACUGUAAUCCCGAGGAACACAGGGCCCAUAUGGCGAAACUCGGUAGAAUGGGUCAUGGAUGGUGUCAGGCCAGAAUCAAAGAUUGAGCUAAAUAUUAAACACAGAAUGCUUACCAGAUCCGCAGGGGCCGUCACAGCCCUUGUCCCUGAGAUAAAUUUUCUCGUUUGA